AUGGCGAUCCAAAGCAAGAUUAGCGUCCACAAAACCACACCACGGCAAGACUCGAAGACAGACUUUGGCGCCGAACUACAGGGAGCAGAUCUAGAAAACAUCAGCCAGAUCGACUUCGAACAUCAAAUCAUCAUCUUCAAGAGCCAGCAGCACGUCUCUCCAGCAGCCCAGUACGAGCUCACUCGACGGUUCGACCCUACCGUCCAGGCCUACGGCCAUGGCAAGACUCUCGAUGCGAAGCGCUCAAUUCUGCAUCCAGACUUGAAGACUAUCCCGCACCAGCCUCAAGUUCGGGACAUUGGCAAUGGCCCCGUGAAAGACUUUGAGGGGCUCAAGGAUAUAACGCUCAAGCACCUCCAUCACAAGACGUUCCACAAACACCCCAUAUCAGAAGAACAUGACCGCGAUAACACGCGCUUCUAUCGCUGGCAUAUUGACGCCGCGCUCUAUGAUCACAACCCACCACGCGUCACCUCCCUCAUGGCCGCCAAAGUCUCCAAGACGGAAUACCAAACUCUUCGCUACGACGACGAGUCCAACGACGAGCUGCAAGUCCCACGCGGCAGCACGGCUUUCGUAAGCUCGUACAAGAUGUACGACCUCCUCUCACCAGAAGAUCAACAUUUCGCCCGCACAACCAAAGUGCAAUACGCUCCCCACCCCUACAUCUGGAUGAGCCACGCCAAAUCCCGCUCCGACGGCUUGGGCCUGAUCUCCGACGGCCUCGAACUCCCUUACACCAACCUCCCCCCAAUCGACAGCAGCAAGAUCAAGAUCUUCCCAAUGUGCUGGCGCAAUUCCGUCACAGGCAACCUAGCGCUCCAAAUCCAUCCCUCUGCCGUGGAGAAGCUACAUCUAGAAGAUGGCACUGUCGUUAAUAAUUUAAAAGAGGUGCGGGAGAUUGUGCACCGCUUGCAGAGACCUGGGAUCAAGCCGGAGUUUGUGCAUGCGGUGGAUUAG